GACUUUCGGUUCGGAUUAUACCUAACGUUAUCAUUCUUCGAAAGUCGACUGUUUUAUAAUCUAUCCGCAUCUUCUCACCUUGGAACAACGGCCUUAUCUGAACUUGUUGCAGCGUUUCACUAGCUGACAAUAACAGCCUAUUAUUACAUGCAAAUUUGUAACAACUUUUAGUGUUCUGGUUUCACCCGAAUUAAUUCUUGAAAGGAAAACACACAAUUUGAUGCUUCGUGUUUCUCUCUUUUUGUGUUUCCCUGUGUUUGUCACUGCCUUUUGGAACCGUGUCAAGUAAUAAGGGGGUUAUGUACAAUAUGAUUGGACUAAUAUCUAGAAACAUGGCUAUCGACUUCUUCUGUUCCAGUAACAUUCUAGCUUUAUUGAAAUUUAAGAUCUGUAGAGAUGUAUUUGGCCUGACCUAAUCCAUACUUUUAAGAAGUUGGAUCAGGGUUUGUAUACAUUUUGGAUUAUUAAUGCACUUUGGUCAAAUUGAAUCAGACCUAAUAACCUGCUAUGGACCCUUCUAUUCCCUAUAAUAAAGCUGAAUGGGUAACAGCCAUUUCUUUGACUGCUGGUGCUGCAGCGGUGAGUAUACUAGUCUACAAGACAUUUUUCUCCAAGUGCAAAAGCAGCAAGUCCAAGGUGAACUUGGACCUGCAGAAGGACAACCCUAAAGUAGUGCACGCCUUUGAUAUUGAGGACCUGGGAGAUAAAGCAGUCUACUGCAGAUGCUGGAGGUCUAAGAAGUUUCCUCUUUGUGAUGGUUCCCACUCAAAACACAAUGAAGAGACUGGUGAUAAUGUGGGUCCUCUCAUCAUAAAAAGAAAGGAAGCUUGAAGUCCUAAAACCACUGCUUCCAAAAGCUGCUGCAGACAAUUCCUUUGCUCAUCUGAAUGUACAUGGUGGUUUCAGAAAAAAUGUUGCAGCAUAUUUAUUAUAUAUUGUCUUAUCUUUCACGUGUGUGCCAUGUGUGGAUGUUGGCACUAAUUCAGUACAGUUGCAUAACAUGUAUGGUGUGGGUUUUGGGUAGAUCUUGAUGCCUAGGGAAGGGGAGUGUCAUCUCCAGUGAACUGUACCCACAGUGUUGCUUUUUGGAACCAAUAUUCAUAAUUCCCAUGAAGUCACAGUCUCCUAUGCAGCUUUUAAAUUGGUAACUGAAACCAUGCGUGCUAUACUCAUUCAACUUAGCAGUGCUUUUAAGUGCUUGUAAAACCUUUAUGACUGUCAGCAAAACCACUUGUGACUUUAUCACAAUGUCUACCAGCACUGCACCAAUGGAUCACCAAUGAACUGACUUAAAUUGCUUAAUCAUAAGAUUGGUACAAUCCAAAACUGGCACUCGUCUCAGACAAGAAAAAAGUAAAGUCAAAUUUGUCAGUUAUUGACUGGGAAAUCCUCAAUUUGAAUUGAGCUGUCAAUUAAUGGUUUAAAGUUUUGACCGUUAAGUAUGUUUGAAGGUGUGUGUGCAACAAGGGAGUGAACAUUUUUGUGGGUAUAGUCUGAGCGGAAGCCUUUCAUAGAAAAAUAUAUGUAACUAUACCAACAAGUUUCAUGAGGAGGCCCAACUGUACAUGUUUCCUGCACAAUUAACCAGAUCGUCACUGACACAUUUUAAAUGUGCACUGUCCUGUUAAAUCUCAUUAUUAAAAACAUUGUAAUUGUUUAGGUACACUACAUUCUGAAUGUAAUGAUGCAGUUUUAGUGAUAAUUUGUCAAGAUGAGCUCUGCUUGUGUUGUCUGCUCAUUCUCAAAUGUAAUUUGAUUGAUGCACUAUAUCUUGCUCAUUUGCACAUGAAGCACUCCGUUUUUGAAAGUCAUUUUUGAUAUUAAAAUCUUUAGUAUAUUGUUAUUUUGGUACCUUGGGCUUCUCUUGGGUGAAUAUGAAAACUAGUACUCAUGCCUUGCUGAUAUCUGCAAUGCAAUUUUGUUGACUACAGAAUAAUCCAAUUUUACAGUGUAUGAGCUAUUGUAUCAUUUUCCUGUGUUGAGUGCAGUGGAAUAUAAUGUAUGAAUAUUAUCAAAUGUAUAUAGAUAUAUACAAUAAUAAUAACAGAUAUAUAAAGUAAUAACAAAUGCUGAGAUAAUGACUGGCUGUACUGACUGCAUAUAAAAUGAAAUGUAAAAAGUCUUAUUUGUGCUUAAGUGUAGAACUGAUCUACACAAAAUAUUUGACACAAAGUAAAAAUUACAAUAGUCAAUGUCCUGCUUUUGAUCAAAGACAUUCGGGGAAAUGCAUUUCAAGUUCCCUGCAGUGUAAAUGAAACCCAUCUGCACUGUUUUGGAGUACAUUUCCUAAAUGGCCCAAAAUUUCUUAAUUAUUUUUGAGAUGCAGUUAUUGCAUUCACCCAGGAGAGGGCAUUGUACUACCUUACUUUCAGGUAGUCAGUUUCAGGAUGUGAUCUGGGUUCCUAUUCUCAUCAUGCUCUUUCGUAUUGCUUCUACUUAAAGUAAAAUUUAAACAUUCUGAUAUGUGUUAGUAAGGGAAUGUAACAAUUUAUUCAUAGUGUACUAUGCCCCUAUAUUUCAAACGUAAAGACUUGUUUGCAGUUUUGUACCUGAUCAAAUUCCUUAAACUGAACAUCCUGCAAGGCUUAUCCAUGUUCAUUGUAGUUUCUAUUUUUCAUUGUAGAUUAGUCUAUACUUUGGUGCCUGUGCUAUAACCAGAUUCAACCAGAUUUCAGUGAUGGCAUGGAGCAGGUCUGCAGUUUCUUAAUUCAAUAACCAGUAUUUUAUGCAAAUUCAUUUUUUAAGACAAGAUAAGACAACAGGGGAGUAUAUACUGUAUAAAUAUGGACUAUUUGAAAUGACGAUAAAGCAUAUAUAACUACAUGAUAAGAACAUUUUCCAACGGACAGAUUCAAAGAAUUGCUGCUAUUUAAAUCACCACUGCAUGCCUUUUCUUGUAAACAAGAAUGUUUUGUUCAAGCUGGAAAACAUGCCAAUGAAAUGUCCUUAAUACAAUAAAAAUAAAAUGUAUAAUUUCUGCUU